AUGCCGCUGGUGAAGCGCAUCAUCGAGCCCAGGUACCUGUGCCGCGGCGCUCUGCCUGAUGGGGUCGCCAGUGAACUGGAGUGUGUCACCAACAGCACACUGGCUGCUGUCAUCAAACAGCUGGGAGGGCUGAUGUCUCUGCAAGACAUCAACAUGCGUAAAGCCUUCAGGAGCAGCAACUUCCAGGACCAGCAGGUGGUGUCUCGGAGCUCCAUCCUCAACCCUGUUUUGGAAAUGUACCAACGCUGCGACAAACCACCGCCCCUUAACAUCCUGACACCUUACAGGGACGAUAAGAAGGAUGGACUGAAGUUCUACACCGACCCGUCGUACUUCUUCAAUCUGUGGAAGGAAAAGAUGCUUCAGGCCACCGAGAACAAACGCAAAGAGAAGCGACGGCAGAAGGAACAGAAACAUGUGGAGGAAUCUUCAGGACGGGAGGUGAAGAAGGUCCGUAAAGCUCGGAACAGGCGGCAGGAGUGGAACCUGAUGGCCUACGAUAAGGAGCUCCGCCCAGACGCCCGAGUCACGCCGUCGCCGUACCACACUUCAGAUGGCUCCAUGUCACCUGACAGGUCGGGGAUGUCCGAUGACCCCUCCUUCCCGACAAGCCCCCACCACGAUGACACCCACGGGCAUGAUGGGAAGGACCAUGUCACCAUGGCAACCAGUGGAACCGGGCAGACUCAGUCAUUGGACCGCGCUCUUCGACCCGCCUCCGCGUCCUCUGCGGUGACUGCUGCAACUGCUCGGCAGCAUUCUCUGGGCCGCAACCAGCCACACCAUCACCAUCAUCCGCCUCCUGCCGCCUCAGCCAAUCAGAACGGAGCACGUACCCACACUGCCAAGGACCCCAAUGACCAUCAGAUCCCUCCGGCCCCCCCUCCCCCACCUCCUCUGAUGCCAUCAGCAGGACAGAUGGCGUUCCCCAACAGCUCCGCCCACAGCGCUGCCAUGGCGACACCACUGCACCCUGCUGCUGCUGCCGGUAACCAAGGUGGCGCCACCCUCUCUCGCCCCUACAGCCCCUCCCCUCCCCCUCCUCCUCCAGCUAACUACGUCCCCUCCCCCUCCCGCCCCGGAGGACAGGCCCCACCCUCUGCCGUGCCCCCGGCGCCCCCGGCGACGGAUGGCAGGAAGCCUCCCGGUGGCCCAAACGUGCCAAUAAAUGACGCCCGCAGCGACCUGCUGGCUGCCAUACGCAGAGGGAUCCAGCUGAGGAAGGUUCAGGAGCAGCGCGAGCAGGAAGAGGCCAAGAAACGAGAACCGUCGGGGAACGACGUGGCCACCAUCCUGUCGCGACGCAUCGCUGUGGAGUACAGCGAAUCAGAGGAGGAGUCUGAGCCCGAGGACCAGGAGUGGUCCGACUGA